AUGGCAUCAAAUCUUGACAUCGUGCAGAGUCACCCAUUUCUACAUUACGCGACUAUCAACCUCUUUGUUCAUGCAGAAAAGGCUACCAGCUCUCGAGCUGACUUGCUGCAUAACGAAAAGGACAUUUUGCACCAAAUCAUCGGUCUCUGGGCUCAAGUCUACCAGGAUAUUGAUAAGUAUAGCAGUGCAUGUCCACCAACAGCGGUUUGGUAUGGACACAUAGUUUUUGUUGAAUGGCUUCUCAACGAGGACGUGAGGCUUGAGGCAGGAGAUGGAUGUGCACUAUACGCAGCUUCGUUUGCUGGUCAUAUUGAGAUUGCAAAAAUACUGCUCAAUGCUGGGGCGGAUCCGAAUGCUCCAGGUGGUGAACAUGGCAAUGCACUAGGGGCAGCUAUAUGGGGUAGAAAUGCUGAGUUAUCAAAGAUCUUACUCGAUGCUGGCGCAGAUUUUAACACCCAGGUUGGCAAAGGCGGAUCUGCAUUACAGGCUGCUGCAUAUAUUGGAAAUGUUGAGACAGUGAAGAUCUUACUCGAUGCUGGCGCAGAUGUCAAUGCCCAGGGCGGUAAAUACGGAACUGCAUUACAGGCUGCAGUUACUUCAUUGCGAGGACCUGUUGCAAUGCUAAUGAACCGCAUGCUGCUGUUUAACAGCCGGCUCGGUGUCGAUACCAAAGGCGAUGUAUACGAAGAUGCAAAACGGGCUGCUCCCGCUGCCCAGGUUGGUCAAUAUAGUAAUGCAGUACAGCCCCAAGGUAAAGAUACUGCAUUAAAAGCAGAGCCCCAGGUAGUACAAAUCCUGAUUGAUGCGAAUGCCGAUGUCAAUGCUCAGGGUGGUAGAUACGGAUCAGCUCUCUUGGCAGCUGUUCAUCGGGACCAUUCAUAUGCCAUUGAGAUUCUUCUUAAUACUGACGCAGAUCCAGUCCUUACAGAUGAACUUCAUCAAACUCCGCUUCAUAUUGCAGCUCCCAGGCAUAUGACCCAUCUUCUUUCUCGGUUCCCACAACUUGCCUCACAGGCAGCAAUCAACAAAUAUAAAAUGCUCCUGGAAACCUCUCUACACCUAGCUAUCUACUCAGGUCACAUCAGCUUUGCUACGAGACUGCUCCGUCUUGGUGCUCUGCAAGAUGGCUAUGGCAAAAACGCGAUGGACUGGGCACUCGAACACAGAACUCUCUCGCAGGAGAUGAAGGAACUUUGUCCUUGGCUUGCAUUCACACUUUACGAAGAUCAAGAAUCAACUGUUCGUCGAUCACUGGUCCAACUCUCCGAUAUGGUUCCUCGGGCCAGCCUCAACUGUUCAUGGCCGGCUUUACAACAAUUAGCCCGCUAUUUCUUAUUUCUCAAUGACACGAACAAUGUAUACCAUCUAUUCCGGGCUCGCCUCCCUCAAAAGAAGCGCUUUGCUAGCGACAUAGACGAAGCCGUCUGCAACCUCUGCAAAACACUAAUUUCUGGUACUCGUUUUGUUUGCAGAAUCUGCGCCCAUAUGGAUCUUUGCUCUUCCUGCGUACAAAAUAUCCGUUCCAUAGCAGAUUACAUCCAAAUCAGAAAAAUGAACUCUUCCAGCUUUCCGAUCUGCCUGAGAAUGAUUCUCAACCCAUUUGGCCAGCUUUACAGGAGUUGGCCUACUUCCUAA